AUGAUAUAAUCUAAUAAUUAACCUAAUCAGGCUCUUGCUUCACAGAACAUUCCAGUUAAAGUCAAGAGAGCAGCAGCCAAAUUAUAAAGGUGGUUCAAAGGCAAACAAGAUGUCAAGGCAUAUCAAAAACUUAAAAAGAAUCACAGAUAUAGAAAGAAUGUGAUUGCUGAAAUUUAUAACACGGAAAAACAAUAUUGCAAUGAUAUCAAGAUAUUGAGUGAGAAAGUGUUGCCAUUGGCCUAGUAAUACAUCAAUUAAGAGAAUAUCAAAACGAUAUUUAUGAAUUGCAACCAAAUAGCGUAAUGGAAUUAGGAAUUCCUAAGAGCUUUAGAAUUUGGCUAUCAAGGAUAUAUUGGUAAUGCUAAGGAAAUGUAUAAACCAUAUUGGGUAAUUAAUCUCAUUAUUCUAAGGUUGUUUUCGAAGGAAACACAAAACAGUUGAUGAAUGCUAGUUGUAGAGGAUUCAGAUGCUAUUUCGAUUAUUGCAGUUAAUUUAGCAAAUCUAAUCAACUUGUUGAUAAGUUAAAGCAAAGUGACCAAAAGUUCAAAUAGUUCUUAACUCUCAUAAGUCCUGAAUUAAGAGGGAUGGAUUUGUCUAGUUUCUUAGUCAAACCAGUCCAAAGAUUGCCUAAAUACAUUUUGUUAUUCAAAGACUUGGAAAAACACACUGAGGACGACCACCCUGAUAUGAAGAACAUUAAAUUCUUACACAAAUACUUUAGAGACAUUAAUGAAGAGAACAAUAAAUCUAUUGAUAUUUAUAUUGGAAGACUGUAAAUUAGUGAGUUGUGUGAUCAAUUUAAAUUAAAUAAAAUGGAUUUACUCUCGGAUCCAUUGAGAAUCUAUAAAUUUGAAGAGAAAUUAAACAUUAUCUAAGCAAAUAAAGAGUUAAUUGUUUAAGUACAUGCUUUAAGCGAUCUCUUAAUUGUGAUUCAUGAGAAUAAAUUAUUUAAUUAAGUCAAACUCGAUUCACUGUCUUUUGUGAAAGAUCAGCCAGACACUAAAUACUUUAGCAAUUUGUUUUAAAUUGUAGGUGUUGGAGAAGUCUUAUAAUGUUUUGCAGAGUCCUUGUCAAUUAAGAAAAAAGCAAUCGAGCAAUUUGAAAAGCUGAUUCAAUUGAAUAGAGAACAGGAAUGUUAAAAGGAAUUAAAGUCAGGAAAAUUGACAUUUAUGAGAUAUCCAGUCCAAGUUGUAAUUGUGGGAACUGAGGAAAGAAAUUUCCAGUCCUUUUAGAAGCAUACUUAAUACAUAACCGAGAUUUCCAUUAAUAAAGUUUAUUAAAAUGUAAAAAUGUUAAUUAAUCCCAGAUAUUUGUUAGAUAUAGUGAAGUUGAAGCUAUGUGUUAGAAAUAUACAAAAAAGUAUCCAAUGAUUGAAUUUCCAAAAUUCCCCAAUUAGAGUUGGCUAACUUAUUAAAAGACAAAAUCAAUUGAAGAACGCAAAUUUGUAAUCGAAGGAUUCUUAUAAACAUUACUACAAUCUAAAGAAACCUAAGGGGACAAAUAGAUACUAAAUGAAUUAAGUAUGUCUAACAUCAAUUUUAGAGUUACCAUUUAAUUUUUUCGAGUUACCUUAAAUAGUAAUUGAACAAUAGAAAUCAAUAUUUAGUAAAUAUAACACUACUUUGGAUGGACUAGAUGAGUUGAAAAUCUAAGGAGUCUUGAUAGAUAGAUUGAAGAUGAGUGCUGGUGAGAUUUUAAAGGCAGUUUGCAUAGAAAAAGAAAGCAGAAAGAAAAGCAUUGCUCAAGUUUAACCAAACAGAGUAGUAAUUUGGCAGUAAAAAUACUCUACAGAACCAAAUAUGAAACGAGUCAUUAUUACUAUGCCUGAUGGAACUAUUACUGAGAUUGGAGUUGACGAUAAGGCCAGGGUAAGUGAGGUACUUCCAUUUGUGGCUGGAUAUAAUCAAUUGAUAUACUAUAAAGAUUUUCGAUUGUAUUUGGUCGAUUAGUUGAAAAAGUAAAGAGUUCUUGAUGAUGAUGAAAUAAUUAGUAAGGCUUACGAUGACGAAUACUAAAAUAACCAUAGAUGGCUCAAUAAAUUAGAAUAAUUAAUAACUGCUUCUAACACAGAGUACUAAUUUAUUUAUAGAGGAGUGUUGUCAUUAAGAUGAGGAAAUAUUUGUAUAUGCCACAAGAACUAGAAGAAUUUGAUUACAAAGAAGACGCUACUCGAUUAAUAUAUCUUGGGUUCUCUAUCUUAGAAGAUGUUUAUGACGGUAAGUACUACUUAGGAUUCAAAGACUACUGUCUAUUUGCUGCACUGUAUUAUCAUAUCAAGGUAAUCUACAUUCUCUUAUGUUUCAGUAUCAAGACAAAAUUGAACUUUCUCUCGCUAAUUUGCAACUAGACAAAAUCACCAAAGUUAUACCUCAUGAUGUGUAUUCAGGGAAAUCUGAUUCUGAAUGGAAGGAAUUCACGAUGGAAUGCAUCGUUUCAUUGAAUGAAUAAUUAGAUAAAAUUAGUGUAAAAAUUACUUGUUUCAUCAUAUUAGUAAUUAAAUAGAGUGGAGAGACUGUAAAAAAAGGAUAAUUCAUAAUUUAAAUUUACUGACAAAAGAUGUUUGGCAGCGAUGAUCAUUAUCAAUGCUUCAUAAACCUUUACUUAGGGUAGCAUGGCCAUUUUUUAAGUGUAAACCUAUGAACAAACUUAAACCUAUUUUAAACAAACAGGAAUGGAAGUGCAUGCUACAAUGUAUUUGGGAUUUUCAGCCAAUAAAAUUUAUUUUUUAAACCCGCAGAAGAAAAUAAAAUUCAGAGAAUUGGAUUACAGUAAAUUGAAUUGGGUUAUAUCUUAUCCUAGUUAAGUUAUAUUUAAUUUCGAAAAUUUUAAAGAGCCUCUUCGCUUUGAUACAUUCUAAAGUUACGAAGUAUGAAAUCAUAAUUACUAAAAGAUAAAAUUGCUAGUGGAAUAAUACAAGGACAUUCAUAAGUUUAAUAAGGAAUAUAAUUUAGAGAAUCUCUUUCAUAAUGAUAAAUCAUAAUUUAUUAAAAAUUGA